AUGUUGCAAUGCGACAACUAUUUGUUGGUGCGAAAAGAACCCAGGCUGAAACUGGAAAUUUUUACUGCUGUAAAUUUCAGAUUUGACCGGAUUUCGUGGUGCCACCGACGACCGUCGGAUCGACCUCUGAUGAGCAGCAUGAGCGGCCGAUCGCACCGCACGGUGUAUGUGGGCAACCUGCCCGGCGACACGCGCGAGAGCGAAGUGGAGGACCUUUUCGCUAAGUACGGCAAGAUCCUCGAUAUUGAGCUGAAGCUCCCGCCCCGGCCCCCUGGCUUCGCGUUCGUGGAGCGGGAGGAGCGGGAGUGGGAGCGGGAGCGGGAGCGGCAGUGGGAAUGGGAGCGGGAGCGGGAGCGGGAGCGCGGGAGUGGGAAUGGGAGUGGGCGCGGGAGUGGGCGCGGGAGUGGGCGCGGGAGUGGGCGCGGGAGUGGGCGCGGGAGUGGGCGCGGUAGUGGGCGCGGUAGUGGGCGCGGUAGUGGGCGCGGUAGUGGGCGCGGUAGUGGGCGCGGUAGUGGGCGCGGUAGUGGGCGCGGUAGUGGGCGCGGUAGUGGGCGCGGUAGUGGGCGCGCGCGGUAG